AUGUCAAAUACGAUCGUUGUUAGUAAUAUUGGCCUCGACACUUUGGAAAGUACAGUUAGAUAUCACUUCUCGCUCUCAAAAAUAAAAGAGUUUGAACUUAAAAAAGACGGAAACGAUAGGCAAAUCGCGUUCAUCACAUUUGAAAACAAAAGAGACGUUGACACCGCUCUAGUUUAUGACGGAACAUUCAUGGAUACAUCAAAGAUCAACGUUAGACCACUAAACAGAGUAGGUGACAAUGAUGACACAUACUCGGAGAACGAUGAAAAGAGUCAACUCGAGGCUAAGUCCAAUAUCGACAUCUUGGCCGAAAUUCUAGCUGCCGGCUAUCAGUUGCAAGAAACCAUCAUCGAGAAAGGCAGUGGUAUUGAUGCAAAAUUAGGGGUCUCUGAACGUUUCAGCCAAUACCUGACUCAAUUGACGGCCAAACUCCAAGAACUUGACCGUAAAUAUAAGCUAACCGAGACGGUUGUCCACAAGGCUUCAGAAAUCGAUAACAAAUACUCCGUUAAAGAUACAGUGUUGAGUAAAGCCACCCAGGUGUUGGACACGGAGCCUGGCAAAUACGCCCAAGAACUAUACAACACCACCUACAACCAAAUCGGCGUUAUUCAAUGUCAAGCGCGAAAGAUCGCCAACGCCAAGAAGUCUGAAGGUAAUGGUGGCAUCGAAGCUCACUAA